AAGUAUGGUUAGGUAUAAUACACGUUCAUAUUUCUUUCAAUUUUAAGAAAAUGGCAAAUACCGUUGCUCAUUCACUGCUGUACUGUUUUAAAAUAAAGGUGUUUGAAGCAGUAAAGAUGGUUCCUUCUAUGGAUCACAAUAAUAGAAUAGAGGCAGUUACUUUUUGGAACAGUUUAUCAGAAAAUCUUGAAGAGAUAAUAAACAACAAUUCUGAGAAGAUAGCAACCAUAAUUUUGUCAUUGGAAGAAGAUCUUGCAAAACAAAUGCACUCCAUAUCUGGUUGCUUACUAGGAACAACUUCAACAUCUUGUUUUGAAAAACUAGGAAAUUCAGCUGACUAGAUUAACAUCGGCAUUUGGAUAUCGUCUGAUAGAUGGGAUAUCCCCAAUGCAUUUGGGUGCUAUUAUCACAGACAUUAUUCGUUAUGAAAAUAUAUUGACAACCAGGACCAAUAACGCUCACUUGGUGAACAAAGAAGACAGGCUGUUCCCAAAGAGUGAGUCUUUGUCUCUAGGUGUGUGUAAAACUUCUUACUCUGUGUCACCUGGAAAAUAUUCUGCUUCCACGCAAACCUCUGUGUCUUUGUUGCCGAAAACUUGUAAUUUCUUAGGCAAUCCUCAAAAACAGAAUUCAACUCUAUUGAAUGAUAAAAAAACAGUAUCAAACCAAGAAAUUAAAUCUCUAAAAUGCAAUAAUGUUUUACCAGUACUAACUUCAAAAUGUAACACUUCACCACAGAAUUCCUCCAGUUCAAAAUAUUCUUCUUCAGUGAACUUGAAUCAAACAUAUACUUCAUUUCAGAAUAUAUGUAAUUUUACUUCUUUAAAAUUCUCCAAUUCUCCAGAAACAAAUAUAAAAAUGAACUGUAAUACUACACCAUUAAACUCAUCUGUAUUAUUAACAAAUUCUGGAGUGAAAUGUGACACUUCAUCAUUGAACUCCUUUGAAGCUGAAAUAACUUCUGAGGUGAAAUGUGACACUACAUCACUGAACUCAUCUGAAGCUGAAUCAAAACAUUCUGGAGUGAAAUGUGACACUAUACAAGUAAACUCAUCUAAAGCUGCAUCAAAACAUUCUGGAGUGAAAUGUGACACUAUACCAGUAAACUCAUCUGAAGCUGCUUCAAAAAGUUCUGGAGUGAAAUGUGACUCUAUACCAGUAAACUCAUCUGAAGGUGCUUUAAAAAGUUCUGGAGUGAAAUGUGACACUAUACCAGUAAACUCAUCUGAAGCUGCUUCAAAAAGUUCUGGAGUGAAAUGUGACACUAUACCAGUGAACUCAUCUGAAGCUGCAUCAAAACAUUCUGGAGUGAAAUGUGACACUAUAUCAGUAAAUUCAUCUGAAGCUGCUUCAAAAAGUUCUGGAGUGAAAUGUGACACUAUACCAGUGAACUCAUCUGAAGCUGCAUCAAAACAUUCUGGAGUGAAAUGUGACACUAUAUCAGUAAAUUCAUCUGAAGCUGCUUCAAAAAGUUCUGGAGUGAAAUGUGACACUAUACAAGUAAAUUCAUCUGAAGCUGCUUCAAAAAGUUCUGGAGUGAAAUGUGACACUAUACCAGUAAACUUAACUGAAGCUGCAUCAAAAAAUUCUGGAGUGAAAUGUGACACUAUACAAGUAAAUUCAUCUGAAGCUGCUUCAAAAAGUUCUGGAGUGAAAUGUGACACUGUACCAGUGAACUUAUCUGAAGCUGCUUCAAAAAGUUCUGGAGUGAAAUGUGACACUAUACAAGUAAAUUCAUCUGAAGCUGCUUCAAAAAGUUCUGGAGUGAAAUGUGACACUAUACAAGUAAACUCAUCUGAAGCUGCUUCAAAAAGUUCUGGAGUGAACUGUGACACUACACCGCUAAACUCAUCUGAAGCUGCAUCAACAACUGCUGUAGUGAACUGUGACAGCAUGUCAUUGAACUUAUCUGAACAAGCAUCAACAAAUUUUGAAGUGAAAUGUGACACUACACCAAUAAUCUCAACUGAAGCUGUAUCAACAAAUUCUGUAGUGAAAUGUGACACUACACUAUUAAACUUUUCUGAAGCUGAGCCAACAAAUUUUGCAGUGACCUGUUUGUCACCAUUCAACUCCUGUGAUACUACACAAGCAAAUUCUGUAAUAAAUUGUAAGAACACUAAAAGAAACACUUCUGAAGCUGAAUCUGUAAAUGAUGUAGUGGAUUGUAACAAAAUGCCAUCAAACUUUAAUUAUGCACGAACACGUCCAUUAAUAGUGAAAUGUGUUGCUGCUUCAAACUCUUCCAAGAUUCCAGAAAGAAAAGCAGGAGAUUUGGAAUGUAGUUCCACAUCAUUGAUGAAAUAUUCAGAAGUCCAAGAAGUCUUGACAUUGUCUUCUCUGAAAGUCCAUAAACCUUCUUUGGUUGUUUUGUCUCUUGAUUCAACAAGACAGCCAAGUAAUUGCAAGGAUCAACUAUGUAAAACUGGAUAUGAACUUAAGGGUCAAGAUUUAAUAACAGAAUAUGAUGAAGAUGAUGACCAUUAUAUGGAGAGUAUACAAGAUGCUUUGAGUUGUUACUCAUAUUCUAGUUAUUCUCACAGAAGAGUCUCGUUAGAAGCUGAUAAUGUGGAAAAGGAAGAUAAUAAUUAUUUAAGUCCUCCACUCAAGAAAAGGCUGAAAAAAGACUUGGCCAAGUGUCCUCACUGUUCAAAAGAGUUCUAUAACAAAACUAGAUUUUGGGACCAUGUAAGACAACAUACAGGAGAAAAACCUUUCAAAUGUUAUGUAUGUGAGAAAUCUUUUUUCUCAUCGUCCACAUUGAAAUCGCACAUGACUCAGCACAAGGAGAAAGAAUAUCUUUGUAAGUUGUGUAACAACAGUCCUCGGACACGAGAACAGCUGAUGACCCAUAUGUAUCAGAAACACAGUGUACCAAUGUAUGAAUGUCACUUUUGUAAAAAGAGAUUUGGUGGAAAAAGAGACCUAAGAUCCCACACUAAGAUGCUGCAUCCUGAAAGGCUUAAGGAAACGUGGUCAUGUGAUGUCUGUGGAAAGAUACUAAGAAGUAGAGUAGGAUUUACCAAACACAUGGAAUUACAUGAUGACAAAGAAUAUGAAUGUGAAUUUUGUGGAAAGAAGUUUCAAACAUCAGCUGGCCACCGUGAACACCAUAAACUUCACUUAACAAAGAAAGUGGUACGAAAAUAUGAACGAAGAUCCAUAGAACAGAAAGAAAAUGAUGCAAAGAAAAAAGAAACACCAUCAGUGUACCCAUGUUUAUGGUGUCCCAAGAAGUUUUCAAGAAGACUUUUAUUAGAUGAGCAUGAAAAAGAACAUGAAGAUAAGGAAAUAAAAAACAGCUCUGACCAGGGGAAUGGAAAACCUACACGACAGUGUCCAUACUGUGAAAAGUGUUUUCAUGCUAGAUUUAGUUUAAGAAUUCACCUAAGAGUACAUACAGGAGAGAAACCCUACAGGUGUGACAUAUGUAACCAGGGUUUUACUCAGGCAGGAAAUUUGAAACGUCACAAGGAGGUACAUCUGGAAGAAAAGACAUUUAUUUGUGAAUAUUGUGGACUGGCUUUCCAACAAAACUCUUCUUUGAAAGCUCACCUUGUCAAACACACAGCUAUUCCAAUGUAUCAGUGCAAUCAGUGUCCAGCAAGGUUCUAUAAGAAAGGCAGCCUAGAAAGACAUAUGUGUAGACACACUGAUGAUCGUCCACACAUAUGUAACAUUUGUUUUAAAGCCCACAAAACCAAACAGGGUUUAUCAGAACAUAUGGCCAUCCAUUCUGAAUAUCCAGUGUAUGAGUGCAGCAUUUGUGGGAAGACUUACAAAUUGAGGCGUUCAUUUAGAGUGCAUACAAAGCAUUGUAAAGGAAAACAGAUAUCUAGGAAUGCAAGAAAGCGAAGGGAUCAGCAUAAUUCUGGAAAUGAAGAUCCAAUACAAGAAGCUGUUACAACUGUUCACCAGUCUUCUAGGAAAAAGAAAAAUAGGAAACAUCUAUUAGAUUUUGAGGAGACAGUGAAAGCUGUUGCUUCUGUAACAAAGAAAGAGCAACUAGACCAUGCAGUUUGUGUAGAUUCAGAAAACCAGUUUUUCCAGCUUGGUAGUGAGGUUACUGUAGAUCAGACAGAGAUGGAAGAAUCAUCACCCAUUGACAUUGAAGAAGUUUUAUCAGACAGCAGUUUAUCCUCAGAGAAUGAAGAAUCAUCAAACCAGAGUGAUGAAUCGAGCAACUGAAACAUUGUGUAGUCAUUUCCUAAAGUAAAGUUUUUUGUUUAUACAGAAAACUCAACCAAGAAUAUGUUUAUCUAUAGUGAAGAUGAGCAGUCAGGAUUGUUUCAGGGUAAUCACAGUUUGUCUCAUAUAUUAUAAACACACAUGCUGACCAGGUAAUCAUCAUUGUAAAUCAUGUAAAUAAAUAUUAGUGUUAUCUGUGACCAAAUCAUUAAAGAUAAUAUUGAUCUUUAAAAGUCCAUUCUACAGGAGAUAAAAAGUUCUUGGGCCUAAUAUUGAAUUUAAGUCCUUGGGUUAUAUUGGAUCAAGUCUUGAUUUAAAUUUCAUGGUGUAAGUCUGGGUCAAGUCUUGGAUGAAAGUUUUUAGUGUUAUUUUGGACCAAUUCAUGGAUUAACUUUGUUGAGAGGGUGAGGGUGUUAAACAACAACCCCUGUUCCUGUGAAACUAUACAAAGCAAUUUUUACUAUAAAUAUGAAUUUACUAUGUCUAUCUUCACAAAUUUGGUAACUUCUUUUUUUUACAUUUAAUAAACAUUACAAGUCUGUUGUACAUUAAAAUCAUACUUAAAAGUAAAUUUAAUAAAUCGGAUAAAUAGAGUAAAAUUUAAUUUACUUAAAAUUUAUUUGUUGUUUCAAUCAUUCAUUGUAGUUG